AUGAAUCGCUCGGAGCACAAGGAUGUUGAGAUGAACAAAGAACAGCCAGUACGGCCGCAAGACUCUGAUGGUAGCGGAUCUGUAGUAUCUUUGCAGUCGUCUUCUGAUGAUGGCAGGUAUGUUACAGGGAUGACUGGAAGCGAACCUCUUCAUGAGGAAACAGUUCUGCCAGCAGUUCAUUUCGAUCAUAGUGAAGAGGUCGCAGUUCACAAGAAGACUGUCAGCCAAUCAUCUGAUGGCACACAUCGGCAAACAAUCCAAAAUUUUCAACAGAGACUGCAUGCGGAUCGAACAGAAAACACUCUAGAUGAGAUUAUAAACACUAUGAAAAAUCCGAGUGGUGUUAAGGUCUCAUCAAGUCCUGAAACCCCCAAUGAUACUUCAACAGUUGGCAGCAAAGCUUUCUCAUCCAUGCAGUCUUACAAUGGAGGUUUCGGAUGGAAAUCAUCGCCCUUACUAAUGAGGUAAGUGAGAAUUUGCCUUAUUCUAGUGUUUCUGUUCAUAUAAUAACUCUGUUUUUAACAAGCCUUUAACCUGGAAAGGAAAAAUUUUCUCAAGGAACUACAUCAUCUUUAUCUUGGCAAGUAGAAAGUAUGCAGUGCCAAAAUGCCCAGCAGCAAGAAAUGGUCUUAAGUGGACUAAAUGCCCAAUGGUCAGAAAUGUUCACAAAAAUUUUAUGAAAGGUUCUCUGAAACUUCUUUGGAGUUUAAGAUCUAGAGUUUUAGAAAUGUCUAGCAAUUCCAAGAAUUAUUCUGGGUUUUUAAAUGGACAAAUGUUCUGAGCUUUUGCACAGUUUUUGCCAGGCUUUCAAUACUUAGAAAACAUUUUUGAUCUAGCAAUUUUAUGGUUUGCACAAGCUUGGAAAAUUAGCUUCUAAAAAACAAAAAUGAUCUUUGGAAUUGCACGACAUUUCUAAACAAACAGUUAGAAAGAAAGAAAGGAACUAUGCAUAGUUUCUUCAACAGCAUCAAACUGAGAGCAUCUUUUGAACUGGCAUACAAUUGCAUUCCACAGGAACAGUCAAAAUGUGGUUGAAAAUUAUAGCCAAACAGUAUCAAAUUACAGCCAAUAAGGUUUUCCCUGGCAAUGCUCUGAAAAGAUGCUGGUGAGGGCUGUAUGGUUCUCUCUGUAAUAGAGCUGUGAAUUGCCACAUGUAUGUGAUUGGUCAGUUUUGAUCCACCUGAAGAUUUAGCUUUUAGUUUGUCCUAUUGGUCAUUAGGUUAUGUUCUAACUUAAGUAAGUAAACAAGCUUCCCAGAGUAACUUGUGUUGAUAUAAAUUCAAGCAAAGAAGGUUGAACAUUCGGUAGAUCCCUAAUCAAUAGUGGUUUGAGCUCUAGAGGAUAAGGUGAUAUUACAACAUUAACAAAAACAAAAACAACCUUAUUGUACACAAGUUUUAGCAAUUUGUUAAAUAGAAAAUGAUAGUUGACUAUUAUUAUUAUGCUUAGAGGGUAACAAGACCAUGGAAUAACUUAGCAACUAAAAAUUAGAGGGAGCUGGAUAAAGUUAAAUAAAUUACAUGUUUAUAGUAGAGGUACAGUAUGGCCAACAUGCACACAAACUAUACAGACAUCCUACAUGUAAAAACAAAGAAUUCUAUUAUAAUAUUUAAGAAUCUUCGAAAAUCAGAUCUUAGCUAUAGUUACACUUAUGGACAAAACUAUUUUAAGGUAAAACUAGUUAUAGAGAGUAACAUCAGGACAAUGAAAGAUGUGGAAGUGACUAGACAGAUAAAAAAGUUAACCAUAGGGUUUAAGUUAUUAAUGAAAAGGUGAAAAAAAAAUUAAAGGUAUGGAAGAAAUUUAGGGGGAGAUUGUGAUUGAAGUUAGAGUAAAGUUUGAGUUAACAAAGGUGUGAGCUAUCAGAAGAGAGUUGCACUUAAAGUGAUUAUUACAAUAAUAUAUUUUUUUUCACAGUGGUCACCAGGGGAAUAAUGGUGAAAAGCACCCUCGGCAGCAGAAAGAUAUCACAAGCCAUUUUGAAGCAGAAAUAGACAAGAUUUGUGAACAACUUAAUGAAGUAGGAGACAACUUGAAAAAUCUUCAUCAUGCACUGCCUGUCAAAAUGCUUGAAGCUGCAAUCCACAAACUACAAGCCAGAUGCAAUGUUUUGGAAAAAACCUGUGAGCAAAUGAAAAACAAGUCAAUAAGACUGGAACAAGCAAACCGUGACCUUGACAAUAGCUGUGGACAACUGAGGAAAAUAAACCAAAAUUUUGAAGUGCGCUGUUUGUAUCUAGAAGAGGUCAACAAGUCGGGUGAAAAUGAGAAAUCUCAGCUUCAUGAGAAUAUUGAAGAUCUUGAGGCCAAGCUUACAGAACUUGCUAAGUGUAAUGAAAAGGCAAUAUUGGCUUGCCAUCACCUUGAAGAAAUUAACCAGAAAACAUCAAAUAAAAACCAGGAAAUUGAAGAAUCAAAGUCACUCCUGGAGUCAAGAUACAAAUCUUGUGUGUCUGAUAAUCAAAAGUUGGAGGUGCAAAUUAAGCAGUAUCAAAAUGCUCUUGAGGAAUGUAAAAGGUGUGGAAAUUUUUUCUUAAUAAAAAUUAGUAAAGGAUGACACUAGUUACUGGUAUUUAUCUCUUUUUUUAUUAGGAAGCAUUAAGUCAUUGAUAAAAGUGUUUAGUGGCUAAUUUGUUUCUGCGGAGAAUUAAUAGCAUUUAAAAGAAGUAAAAAUUUUUAAUUGAAUUUAUAUUGUUUAACUCCUAGAAAACUUGAAGAAUUUGAAGAGAAAAUUGUGACAUCAAAAAGAGAAAAGGUAAGAUGACUAUUGUGAUUUUAUUAAAAUAUUUUAAGGCCUUGAGUAGGGCCCCUAUUUUAGACUUGAACCCUAGAACAAAGAACACAGGCUCUUUAAAUUUGCAUUUAAUCACUUAGACUAGAAAUUUUCACCAUCCUUGAUAGUCAGGUGAUUCAGUGUAUCACUUCUGUCAUCACUUGCUCUAAAUUAAUGUGUUAAAUAAUUAUGUUAAGGUGUGCUGUGGGUAAAAAAUUUGGAGAUGUGGAUAUGGGAAUUGAACAACAUUCCUAUGGCAGUGAGAAAAGGCUGGUCUAAAUAAACGCAAGGUGAUCAAGUCUUGAUGUGUCAGCCAUAGAGAAUAUGGUACUUAACCCUUUAAUUCCCAGAUCAAAUUUAUUAUUCUCCUUACUAUCAACCAUACAAUUCUCAUAAUGUCAGUUCAGAGAAUUUAGUGUUGGAUCAACUAAAUAUCUGGUUAAUAUUGUAUUAGCAUUGUAGGGAGAAAUUCUGUCUUGGUCACUUAUGGGAGUGGAAGGGUUAAUAUGGUUUCAGUAGCCCAUGAGAGAUAUGAAACUGUAAAUUUCGCCUUGUCUCAAUUGAUUUGAAAUCAGCUGUGGUAGAUCUCUCCAGCUGCAAUGAGCAAUGUUUAAACAGUUUAAAAAAACAUUUCCAUUGAACUGUGUUCUUUUAAUCGGGUUUUACACAGCCAAUUUAUGAGAGGAUGUGGCAAUAACUAAUAAAUUUUUGUUACCAAUAUCAAAACAAGUUAGUUUUUAAAUUUGAACUUGACGAUGAGAAAACAAACAUUUUUAUGACACACCACUUUUUUAAAAAUUUUCUUUACCAGGAAGCCUUAACUGUGAAGCUGGAAUCAGUACACAAGUUGAACAUGCAAGUCAAGCAGAAAUAUGAUGAUCUUAAGUCUAUGUGCACUGCAAAGGAUGAGUUGAUUGCCAGGCUGGAGAAUGAAAUGAAAGAACUGUCACUGUUUGUGGAAAAAACAAUCAAGGUAUUUGUGAUCAUUUUGCUUUCAGAUAGGCUUGAUUGAUAUAAAUAGUAAUUUUCCUCGACAACUUCAUCACACAUUGUAUAUGAAGCAGGCAGCAAGUGACAGACAAGGGCUUACCUACAAUUGGUGACAAAAUUGUUGACAAAUUGACCUUUCCAACCCCCUAUUACUUAAAUUUCAUCUCUUUUGGCUUUGUUAAGUUAACUUAUUUAUCCCUUCCCCCUAAACAAUGUUGUGUCAUGAUUCCAUUAACUUUUAGUGCAAAAUACAGGCAACUUUGAAUGGGCAGGGGAGGGGGGGCCUUGUCAAUGAUUAAGAGUGUGGUAUAAACAGGAGUGUUAUUCUAUACAUUAAUAGGAUUCUUCAGCCCUGAUAUGUCAACUUGUUUUGAUGCUGAUUUUAGCCUAGAAAGUUAAGCUUUACAAGGGAAUCAUGGGACAGGGAGUCAAAUAGGCCCAUGAUCAUGAGCCAAUCAAUUAGAAGCUUCAGCAUACCCACCCCAUGCCCAUAGCAAUAGAUACCUCUUGGUUUUGUAACUUGGUUAACAUCCACCACCAGCCACCUCCUCUUUAGUGAAUGGUUGUUCAAUAUUUGCAUGCAAAUACAGAAGGGUACCAUUUAACUUGCAAGUUACACAGAUGCAACUGAGUCAGAGAGAGUUGAUUGUGAUGCUUUGCAAAUUACCCACUAAAUAACAAAUUCUUUAUAUAUGAAAUGUGAUAAAGAGAUUGAUUGUAAGCCCUCGUAACCUGUUACUGGGUUAACUCUAGGCACGAGUGUACUUUUUUAAUUUGUCUGUUGUAUAACAAAAAUGCCUGGGUUGAAGAGUGUGGUUCUGUUUCAAAUUUAAAUCUAGAUUUAAAUGACUUACCAAAUGCUUAUGAAGAGGAGAUAUAUAAAUGAGAGUUUGUAAAGAUACUGUUAUAUUAAGAAUUUUUACUCUCCAAGAAUGUCAAGAUUUUGAUAACUCACUAGUUGAAAUUUUCAAAUAAUACCUUUGUAAAAGCGCAUUGCUUAUCCUUUUCAGUGCUUAUAGCAGGGUUUAUAGACAGCUGAUAAUGAUGCUCCCCCCUUGAGCUAUUCCCUUUGGUUGAAAGAGAUGGUUAUUCUCUCCUAAAGAAGCUGUAGAGGUCAUAUUUGUCCCCUACUAACUGUUCUCUUAUUGCCUUCUCUGCAUGUUCAUGACUUCAGAACAAGUUAGAGUGCUGCACAAAUGUGUGGCCUCCUUCAAUUUGAAGGUUAACAAACAGAGAUGUUUAAGAAAUUACUAAAGACCUUUUAUUUAAGAGAGUCUUUUCAAUAGUUCAGGGUUCUUAUAUUAGUCAAUGAUUUAUUUUCCAUUAGUUCCAGUAUUUAUUAUUUGUAAGUAUUGGUUACUUUUAGUUUUGUUUUUGUAAAGUACAGAUAGAGACACCCCAGUUGAUAUCCACACUCUAUAUUAUUAUUAUUACUAAUAUUAAAACUUUAUUAUAUUAAACAACUUACACUCUCUCCAAAGGAAAAGAAAGAAUCUGAAGCAAGCAAUAAAAAAGACAAGGACCUCCUUCAAAGCGUGAGUAGUUUAUUUUUGAAGGUGGACUGGAUGGACUCAGGUAUUUCAUGAUCAUCUGUCUGUCUGUCCAUCUACUUGCCCCUUCAUCUAUUUGUUUGUUUGUGUAGCCAUCUGUCUUUCUAUCUAUCUAUUUCUGUAUUUAUCUAUCCCUCUGACUGCCUUUAUGUCUAUCUAUAUGUUUGUGAAUGUAUCUGUCUUCCCAGCUGAACAGAUCUACUGUCUGUCUGUCUGUCUGUUUUUUCUAAAGAAACUGGUGGUGGGUGGGUGGGAGAGCAUAAUAUAUAAAGCCCUUCAUCAGAGCGAUUAUAUUGCUCGGACAAAGAGCUAACACUUGAAAUAUCAGCCUUUCAACUUUUUUUGGUGACCAUUUUACAUUUUCAACUCAGUUGAUAACACAAAAUUACUCUGUCUGUCUGUCUGUCUGUAUCCAUCAGUUUGUCGGCCUAUCUGUGUGUAGGUCAGAUUAUGUCUGUCUGGCCAUUAUCAAUCUGUCUGUCUGGUAUCUGUUUGUCUGUGUUUGUCUAUCUUUCUGUUUAGCUUUUUGUGUAUCAAUCUGUCUUUCUGCUUGUCUUUUUAUUUGUUCAUUCUUAUGUCUAUCUCCCUGUGUGUACCUUUACAUUUACGUAUUUGUCUGUCUCACUGUUUAUAUCUGUUUAUGCAUCUAUCUGUCUACUUUGCUGUCUAUUUAUCUGUGUGUUUGUUUUACUGUCUGUCUGUAUGUCUUUGUAUCUUUUUUCUGUCUAUUUUUUGUUCUUUUUGUCUGUUUGUUUAUCUCUUUCUGUUUUUCUGUACCUGUCUCUUUGCCUGUCUUCCUAUCUGUCUGUCUGAUGUUCUAUUUAGCUUUCGGUCUGUCUGUCUGUCUGUCUCUCUAACUCUCUGUCUGUCUGUCUGUCUGUCUGUCCAUCAGGCAUACCAGCAUGGAUUGUAAAUGUCUUAUUUCAUCUGACAAUGUGCAAUCCUUGGACUUUUUUCUAACAGAUCUUGGCGGAUUAUGAUGUUUUAGCCAGAGAUUACCAAGAAGCAAGAGUGAGUGUUUCUACCAUCAAGAAACUUAUUGGUAUAAGUUGUUAAGCCAUGCAGCUGCCAUGCUGAGAGCAAUUUCUCUUCCAUUUUUCAUGGUUAAGGGGAAAAAUGUUUUGUAAAAGCUAUAUCAAGAUACAUACACCCAAGCUGAAAAAAUAAUGUUUUCUAUUUAAGUCCUUAAUUUUGGUGUUACAUAGAACUAUAUACAGUUUUUAUUAUCUGAUGUAUGUUAUGAGAGGUUAACUGUAUUUAUCAUGCAUGUCUGUUUAAAAGGAUGCUUCCAAAGCAAUGCGGGAUAAGCUGGAAUCAUCCCAAUGUGAAAUGGAAGGCCUCAGAGAGUAAGCCAAGUUGGAUUCUAUUUUGCACUAAAAACCUUUUUGUUUUGAAAUUGAUUAUUAUCACAUUAUUAUCGUAUCUAUCAAAGACAUAAUGUAGUUAGUAGUUUUUGUGUGGGAAUUAUCUUGAUUUCAGUGUUUAGGGAAUAAUCUGCUAUUAAAAUUCAACAGUCUGGCAUGAGGCAAACAGCUAAGAUAAUUUUAGAGAGCCAACCAUACUUGUAUUUCAGGAAGUAUAGAAACAACAUACUGCCUCCUUAAACUGAGAGGAUUAAUUUGGAUGAAAAAAAGGUGUAUCUUUAGUCCAGGUUUUCAGAGAAUGAAGCAAUUUGCCCAUGUGACCUACCCACCGGUCAGUUGGUUCCCUUGCCUUGCCCACCUAUACAACUAGUAAUUGUUAUCAUCAUCGAAGGGACAAAGCCAGCUUUUGAGAUAAGCUGUUCCCUUGAGGGGUGGUGGGAGAACUUACUAACUAGUGUAUUACAAGUGAUAGAAGGCUCAAUUGGAAAUUAACACAAGUGCAAAAUCAUAGACAUGUACUUGUGAUCCAGUAUCUGAAAAACUCCACUAAAUAUGCUUGGCAAGUGGAAGACUCAAUGAAAGAUAACUCAAAGUCAGAGAAAUAUGAGGCGAAAAUUAGGUUUAUUUUUUCCUCUCCAAUAAAUGACACACUUAGUUUGUCCAAAGUAGAGUAAAUUAUGGCAGAGUUUGCCAGACAUUUACUGUGUAUUAAUCUAUCAAUGGAAUUUGAUCAAAAUUUGUAGAAAAAGUCCUCUCUGCCCUUCUUUAAAUUAACCAAACUACUGAAAGUUAUAGAGUACUUUCUGGCAAGGACUAAAGACCAAAUUUUCCAUUCUUUUUAAAAGCACCUCACAGCCUCUUCACAAGCAGCUGUAAGCUCAAUACUAAAGCAGAAUUUUGCUUGAAGCUAUUUUCCUUGCACUUGCACUUCUGAUUGGUGGGCUAUUAAACCCCUUAAUUGUCUCUAAACAAUUAAGGGGAAUUAUUAUGCUUCAGGGUGACAUGCAUCUGGUUUGACAAAGUAUUAAAAUUCUAGCCUUUGGGCCUGGUACAAUAUUUUAGUUAAAGAUAAAACUAUUGUAAGAUGAAUAAACUAAUACCCUUUCCUUUGAAUAUUUUCAGAACUAUUUCAAAACUAAUCUCUAGAAAUAGCAUAAUGGAUGAUCAGGCAAGGGAACACGACAAAAGGUAUUUUUUAGUUACUUACAGUAACCAUAAAGCUCAAACUGACAACUUAAUUUCUUGAUAGAUGCAAAUCAUCGCCAAACUUGGAACUGCAUGUGAUUGGUCACCUGAGUCAUAGUGGUGACUGUUAAUGCAAAUGUGUCUCUUGCUCACUCCUGUGUGAACAGAGGCAUCAAGAUGAAGUUAACAUACUAUACCUGAUGUUUUCCAAUGAGGAAAUUUCUAAAUAUUAGAGAAAUCGCAUUUUGCUAUUACGGCAAACGUAGAAUGGGUCUUGUCCUCUUACUUCUCUUCAGUUUCACUAGGGAAGGGCUAUUGGCCACAAGUUUAGUAGAACGCAUGUCCCACCUUGGAUAGUCAUGGCAUCUCUUAGCUGAGAUGAAUGAGAGUGCAAAAUAGAAAUCAUCUCUAGAACUUUGUGCAGUAAUAAAUAUUUAGCUAGAAUUUUUGAAAUUCAGAGAGGAUCAAUCUGACAAUUUAAAUGUCAGCAUAAUGGCUGGCGAAUACCACUAAUGACCUCAACAAAAUUUAGUUCGCAAGUCGCCCAACUUCUUUGUGAACAACCACUUCUUCUUUGGAGCCAUUGCUGCAAAUGUGGGCAAAAGUUAUACGUUUGUGGACUGGGUUUUCCUCUUUCUUUUUGUACAGUCAUGUAGAAGCGUCCAAUAUUAAAAGCAAACCAUUCGUUGGAAGAAAGACUUGGGAGCAGUCAACUCCUUUAAAGAAACGACUGCAACAAGCUGAGAGCCAAUUGACAACUGGCUCGGAUUCAGGGAGAGACUACACAAGCUCAGACAUGACGAACUGUCAAUCACAUGUCAGUGCUUCAACCACACCAUUACCAGAUGCAAUGAAAGUAGCAACACCUUAUGCUAAGAAGCAGGAUCUGUCAAGCAGUGGGUAUGUACUAAUGUUUAUUCAUUUGAUGCAUGUGGUGCAGAAAAGGAGUCUCGCUAUGACUCAAUAUGCAAAUACUACCCAUAAUGGUGAGGACAAUGAUAGCUGAGGUCACUGGUUUCAAACCUGAAGAUUCUUUUUUUUUUCUACUUUUUCUACUUUGCGAAACUGUUUUCUUUUCUUUUUUUUUUCCCCUUUUUUUUUUUUUUAUAGUAUACUAUAAUAUAUAAAUAAAAAUCGUCCUAAGUUUAGCGUUAUUUCAAGGUUAUUUGACGGAAAAAAAAUCCUCAAAAAUGUCCAAAACCUUUGAUUUCAGCAGUGAGUGAUUGUGCGGCAGCCAUUGUCAACGCAUCCAGAUUUUUUAAAAAACAAGCAGUUUGUGGCUGGUGCUACUAGUGCUGAGUUACUUCGUGUGAGAUAAUGGAACAAAACUUUAGUCUUGUACGAUAAAAUAGAUGUUGAACAACAUUUCCAUGAAAAUCACCUAAUUUGCUCAAUUCCUUGCACAAUUUUUUUAAUGAUUGCAUGAUCUUCCCUGGAAAAAUGAUAUAACUUCAUUUGUCUUUCACUCCCCGUCAGAAAGCUGAACAUUUUAUGAAAAAAUAAAACAAGGCCGUAAUUUUUUUCAACCCCAACCAGCCAAAGCAAAAAGAACCAGGCUAAAAGUUUUGCCCCCAAAGAGAGCCCAGACACUGUGGAGUCAGGCCCCUUUACCUCACAACCAGGAAUGGUGGUUAAGAAAACAGAUCUAUUGACGAGGUGAGUGCGACCAUCAUGUACGUGUUCGCACCAUGGUUGAUUUUAAAAUUUUAAUUUUUGAUUUUAAAAGCCGUUAUCGCUCAUUGUUUGUAAAGAUUAAUUGAUGCUCUUGGUUGAACCUAAUGUUCUACCUCUGUGAGGAACCUGAUCUCGAAACCUAUGACGACAACAAACGAUACCUCGAAAAUAUAAACCUUGAAAAUUCAGGUCUAAGGAAGACCUCGAAAAAAAGAGAUCCUGUUAAAAAAAAAAAAGAACAAAAAAAAACAAAAAAACACGCAUCGGUAAACUACCUUUAAGACAAAAUUAUUUCAGCCCCCGUUCACAGGUCACAAAAAAUGUGGAGACGUGUUAACCCUGAAAGUUGGCCAAGUUCAUUCCACAAACAAAGGAAUAACUCUGACUCGUAUUCCUUAAAUACGGAACUAGUUAGAUAUAGUUUAACGAUAUCCAGAGGAGUUUUGAAUCAUGCUUCACUUUUUUUCUUUUCUUUUUAAUUGAAAAAGGUUUAAUGUGGUGUUUGAAAACAGUCAGUCUGGUGAGGAGAUGAUUCGUACCCACACUGGACGAACCAGACGCUUAUACGGCGAGCCUGCACAAACUGAAACAAGCUUCACCUCUGGAGGGGAUAAUGUGGUCGCCGGUCUUAUUUGUGACUCACCAUUCAGUGUUGGUGGGGAGGGAAAACACGAAGAACCUAAACAAAGAGGUUCGUAUGAAGUUCCUGUUAUUUAGUAAUAGGUUAAUGCCUAGGAAAUCAUUCUCGUCCAAAAGCUUUGUUAACCUUGUCCAGCAGAGGCUUCCGGUUUGAACAUUGCCUUCGAAUUAAGUGUCUCCUGAAUAUGCGUGCAGAGCGAACAUGACUGCUUUGAGAAACCACUCUUUUUCAGUAGCAGUCGUUUCGUAGGGCUGCAAGCUCUUCAGCCAACAUCAGGAAUUAUUACUAUAUCUACGAAUGAAUUCUCAACGAUGCGCUUAAAACAAACAAUCUUCAGGUUCUUUUUUUUGAAGAAGCAAGAUGAAUAGCGCGAAGCAGUCGUACUUACGAACGUAUGGUGUUGGAAGCAAAGCAUUUCUUUAAAUAGGCGCGUAUGCCUGAAGUAAACAGAUUGGGGUGAAUGGUCGAUAUUCCACCUGACGCCAGAUACUGAAUUUCUGAUAAUUUCUGCCUUACAUGUUCUACUUUUCAAUACAGCAAAUGUUUCGAACUCGGCUCUGCAAUCCAUGAACUUGAUGUUACCUGUAACUGUAACUCUUGCAUGUGUAGCAUGCCUAUGUUUAUUUCUAUUAUCACUUUAAUCAUCGUGUGUUAAGAAUCAUCUUUAUUUUUAUUAUUAUGUUUUUUAAAAUUAUAAUUAUUUUGUAGUGAUGUUUAACGUUCCUGAGAAGGACUUCGGGGCCAAAGGUGAUCAGGUAAUAGUAAAUUAAACACUUCAGGAAAUGUUACAUUGGAACGUAUUCAAUUGGUUUCACUUGCUGUCAAUUACAUGGCAAAGUCAAAAAAACAACUUGUGUUCAUGACAUUGCACUAACUUGGCUUGUAUUAUUCGCAUAAUACAAGUAUUUUGCUUUAAGUGAAGCAUGCAUCUCUCCUUUCUUUUAAUGUUGUGUUAAAAUGGUUCAACCGUCACAAAAAUGAUCUUCACACUUGGUUAAUGAGACGAUAUUGCUCUUAUGGUAUCGAGUCCGCAUCUUAAGGUGAUUCCUCAGGAAAAAAAAUUGUCGAACAAUUUUUUAAAAUUUCGCUUAAUUGUUCCCUACCAAUGUCUGUUUCGAAAAAUGCUAUUAAAAAGAUUGUUCACGGUGCUUCUUUAAGAGAUAUGAGGAGCCAAACUUUCCCCAUUUAUACCUGAACUGGCACUGAUCACGCGCGUCAUUUCGUCGGUUCACGGUUCAUUUUGAGGUACCUGGAAGCAAGGGAUUUUAAAGUAACAUUUGAAAAAAACUUGCUCGGCAAAGAAUCUCCAACGUAUGGAACAAUUUGAUACAUCAUUUGAGGAGAAGUCACGCAAUACUCAAACGUUUCUUGAGUCGUUACUUUCAAGAUCAUAAUUUGCAUCAUCGAGUAACGGGCUUUGUGCAAGCUUUUAGCCAUACCUUUUUUAUCCCUUUAAUUAAUUUCUUAACAUUUCUCUAAUCUAAAGGGGAUCAUUUGUACAACAAAAUUAUGCAAUAAAAAAUGUAGGUGACCGUGCUCGUUCAGGAGCUAAGGACCAUCAUACCUCUUUACCUGUUAAAUGCACGCACACAUAUUUGCUUGAUUGCGUGAUUUUUUUGCGCAGUACAGAUUAGGCAGUGUAAUACGGAUGAAUCACCGCAAGUUCUUCUCCCAAUUAUGUCAAUGCGAGUAUGGGCGAAGAAAGAAAUCUGUAUCAUGGACGGAUACUUUGCUCGUGUGUUGGGGCUUCUCGCUAUGAUUAUUGUGAACCUAGCUGGCUUACUUUCUCAGAUACGUCAGCUCUGCAAACUUUUUGCGCAGGCCAGUUUAUGUUAUCCACUCAGUUAAUAAAACCAAAUUAUCUUGUAAUGCCCCCACCUCCGCCCCUCUCCUCCUCAACGCAGCACCACAGUUUCUUUAGAAACUUGCCUAACCCCUUUAUAUACGACGAUACUAAACAUUACCGAAACAAUAUUUUAAUACGCGGUCUACGAGCGCGCCAAGAACUGGUCGAAAAUACGUAUUACGAAAUACCCCAAACGUUUCGGUCUGCAUCAUAACCGAAACGGUUGUGGUACCUCGUAAUACCUAUUUCCGAACAGUUGUAAAAGUCAAACGUAUGAUGAGCUUAUCUUUUGACUCAAUUCUAUCUUUCAUGAAUAUUGCCGAAUAUUGAAUCAUCUUCCAGCUGAUAAGCAAGGACAUGGAGGUGAACAUGGAGGAUAUCCCUGCUAUGUUGGAGAAGAAGCUUUCUACUCUCACUGAAGAACGAAAACGGGUUUGUUUUGAUUGGCAACCAAACAAAUGAGUUUGGUUUUCUCUGCUUUCUUCAUGUGACAGUGUAAUUCAAAGUUUUUUUGCCUAUAAUAAAGGUAUGAUUUCAGAGCUCAUUUCGAAAUGCGAUGGUACACGUUGCAAAAAACAUGAAUGAAUGAUAAUGCCUCGCUUAAAAGAAGUUUUUCAAAGGAGAAUUUUUUUUUAAUUUCAAUUACUCGAGGAGAUAAGAAGCGGUAACUGCGCUUGAUAGAUCCAGUUAGUUUUUGCCUUUUGGAACCGGUGUAGUUUCUCCAAAAACACAAAAUUUUGAACCUGGCACAAAUGUUAUAGUAACGCAAAAUGCCCCAGGUGAGCGCUGGGGCGUGCACAAGCUGAUUCGUCAAUCCUUCUGAUUUCGCUUUCUGUCUAAAAAUUGCAGCUUGAAUCUACCUUGAGCCGAGUUCCCAACAUGCAAAAAAUCUCAAAAAGGACAAAGGAGGACAAGGUAAGCUACUGUAGAUCUUCCCAUCUUCCUUUGUAUCAUCAUUUUAAUCCUUAAUUACCUAUUCACUGAAUUAUUUUCGAGGGUGGAUGGAGAAUCAUUUGACCUUCGACAUUCGUGACUCCUGCCCUUUUUUUGACCCCAUGAUACGUGAUUAAUUAAAAACAAAAUUUUCGAUAUUAAUGACUCAUGUUUUUUCAUUGUCUCGUAACUAUCAUUUCAAAGUUUUAAACACGAAAAUUUGACCGCUCUGAUCAUUGAUGCUGCCUCCACCCUCAAAACUUAUUCGCUCUACCCUUGCUAGUAAGUUGACUUACCAGUAGGAUCGUAGUAGAUAAAUAAAUAAAUAAGAAGAAAUUUCAUUUUGUUUGAAAUGGCACCUUUUUUUCCAUCCAAUGAGAAAGCUGUACUAACUAAAGCAAAACAAAAUAGUCAGAUUUCAAGGCUUGUUGAAAGUAACCAAUCAGAUUGCAAUACACAAGAACUUACUAAAAAGCAUAUGAAAACACUGUGUGAUAAGGAAAAAUAUUUACAUGGCUUUCAAAUGCUUUUAACGUGCCUUUCAUAUGCAUUCGAAAUUUUCAAUGGAAACAAGUUGGAAUAUCGUGUGCAGUAUAUAGAUUGAACCGUCCCCAUUGUCUGAGAACAAGCAGAUAUAAACUAGAUAAACUUUAAACUAUAUAUAACUUAGACGCCUUGCAGUGCAUGGUAUUCUCUGUUGUCACUUUAUCUUUGAACAUCUUGGUCCCGGUUCUGGUUUCCGCCCAUUAUUUUCAUAAAAAGGAUCAUACAUAUUCAUUUUCGUUUGGUGUUAAUGCAAUUAACACAACCCAAUAUUUGAUAAAACAAAGAACACAAGCCUAUCUUGUUGUUUAGUUUUGGGUAACUGGGACGACUAGUAAGUUAAUGCUAAAACAAUUAGAUUAUGAGCCCUCGUCAACUAUCGCAAGAUAAGAAACUCGAGUUCUGAAGGCUACUUCCCACCUUCGCGUGGUGCAAGUGUAAGGAGCCGGUAAGGCGUGAAACGACCGAGAAUUCCUCUGGAGAAUUUAUUGAAUGCCGCAGCACGAGCGAAAUGGCUGUAUAGUCUUAUUCACAAGGCGUCAACCCACAGAAGUAUGUCAGGCUUUUUCGAUACUCUGAUUGGUUGUCUAGAUAUCGGCAGCAUAAGUUGGAGUAGCUAAAAACAAGCGAGGCGUAAUGCGUAAAUGGACGCCACGGGACAAAUAUUUCACAUAUCUAAAUUUCCAGACACUUUCAUUUGUAAUUAUCCUUGGAAUUUUUGGAGAAAUUUGACGAAAAUCGGUCAAUCUAAACACUCUAUAAAUACACUCAAAGUGGUUGUAUUCCUCCCAAAAUCAAAUGCGAGAUUUUAGCCUAUAAAGGUUCGCUAACAACUCGCGCCACACCAGGAAAUUAUCUCGCCUUCAGAAACCUCAAACUAAUGGGAGAACGAGACCGCCUGGCAUCAAUGACGAUGGAUCAAAAUUUCCCGGGAAAAGAAACCCAUUGCGGCCCUUUUUUUUAUAUCUCGAUCGCUCAGUGGAGUGUUGAGAAGGACGACACAAUAAUGGGCAAAGUUGCUAAAGGCAAAGGAAAAACCCGCGGCAAAAAUGGGAAAACAACGAAUCGACAGACAGUUUUCAAAAUUACGAUUCAAUGGGGUUGUCAAUGUUUUAGUAUCAAGGCUCGUACUUGCAAUAAAUAAAAGGAAACUUCGUUUACAACAUCAUGUAUAACAAAUUUUGGUUUGACACCAACUUCUUUGUUCGAAAUCUGGACGUCAGAUUGGAGCUCCGCCAGCACCAGUCGCUUUCACAAAGGAUAUUUUCUUUUCUUGACAGAAUGGUACUCUUUCUUUCUUCUCUGAGCCUGUUCAUUAAUUUUUUUCAUUUUUUUCAAGUACUUCCCUCCGCUUUUGAUUUUCCCAUGAGCAAACGUUCUUUCAUUAGCAUAGAGCUUCCACGUGUAAAUUUUGUGAAGUAGCGCUCUAAACAAAAUAUGCAAAUGACAUGAAAAACAAGCCCCAAGAUGUACGGUUGCCGCGAAAAUUCUCCCAGGGGAUUCGCCCGGCUACAAGAUUAUGACACCUUCCUGAUGCAUGGCUUUUAUUCGAAAUGCGUUUUUCAAAAUAAUUCGGGUGCUUUUAGAGAUUUCAGAAAUUUUUCUUUAUGGAAUGUUAGGUCAAAUGUUUGAAUUCAGUUAAGUCAAAUAAAAGAAAAAUCAAUAUUUUCGGCCUCUGAACGGAGGAAGUAACCUUAAUCCAACCCUUAAUUAAGAAGCUAGACAACUUGAACCUCUGCAGGUAAUGAAAUUUUUAGGCUCACCCUUAUUAAGGCGGCGAAAUACGAGAUACAAAAACCCUCAACUUGUCGCGCAACAUUGUUUCGUUGCAAGUUUUGGUCGAUGUUUCCCGUUUUUCACCAUGCAUGAUCAACUUGUCGCCCUAAAAAACAUUUGUUGCAUGUUGAAGAAAUUUUUUGCGAAAAGUAGAGCGCGAAUCUACUUUGUGCAACAAAUUUUGGCUUUGUUGCUUGUUUUUCAUCAAACUCACAACUUGUCACGCAACAAAUUUGUUCAUGUUGCGCGACAAGUCGAGGGUUUUCUUUCUUUCUUUCAUUCCCUUUUGUAUUUUUUCCAGGCAUACCUCGAGAACCGGCUCCAGGAAGUUAUAAAGGAAAUGGGCUUGGUCAGGAAUCAACUUCGAAGACAAUGAAGAUCAACUCUAAUCCCUUUUCAUUUUCACGAUUUCUUUCGCUGCACAAUUCAAAAACAGUCUCCAGUACGUUAACAAAAGGAUGCCUAUCGUUAUUUACAUUUAUUCCUUAUUUCGUCGGAACCGUGUAUUUAAUUCACAGGAAGUGAAUUCCUAUCAUUUACUUGUCAGGAUUUUUUACGGCUAAUUACAG